AUGGCUACAGGUACAGGAAUCCCGUUAGGCCUUGACACUAAUCAAUUGCAAGAGGGGGGUUUCCUUGCUUGGGCGAAUUUGUACCGGAAUCGUUUUGAUAAUGAUAACAUUGAAUAUUUCUGGCGUCUCUGUUGGGCGAUAUGGUUCUCCCGCAACCAGCUAUGUUUCAACAGUAAUGCUAUGCCUUGGGAUAUUGUGUUAAGGCUUGCCCGCAACACGUUGUUUGAUUUUCAGCAGAUCAAUAGCGCUAGUCAAAAAUCGUCAAACAUCACGGUGAAAACCUGGUCUAGACCUGAGGAGGGUUGGAUAAAACUGAAUACAGAUGCAGGUAAUUUCAGAGAUGGUUUUUGGGGCAUGGGAUGUGUUAGUCGUGAUAGUGCUGGUCAAGUUAUGAUGGCAGGUUGUGUGAAGAAACAGACAGGUUCAGAGAUUAUUAUGGCUGAGGCGGAAGCCCUUUUAUGGGGUCUCAAAGCAGCUAAGGAUUGUUCCUUUUCGAAAAUAAUUGUGGAGAGUGAUAAUGCAACUCUCAUUUCUGCUCUGCAGAAUGAAACUCAGAUCAUCUCUGAGCUUGGUGAUGUCCUGGAUAAUAUCAGGGUCAUUGCUUCUUGUUUUGUGCAGCUGCAAUGGAGGAAGGUCUCUCGUGAUGCUAAUAAGCUGGCCCAUGGUUUAGCCGCUGCAGCUGUUAUCGAAGAGGAGAAAUUUUGGAUUGACGACCUGCCAGUUGAGCUCCAAGAUAUUUGGAAUUCUGAUUUGCAGAAGGGAAAUGCUGUUAACUUAUCUUUAAGUUCUAGUUUGUUUUAG